AUGGGCAAGGCUGCCCUCGUCCCCAGCCCCGUCCCCAUGGGGGGCAAGGCCUGGCUACACGGGGACCCCCACCAGCGAUACCGCUUCCUGCGAGUGCUGGGCACGGGCCACUUCGCGGCCGUGUACCUGUGCAGCCACCUGGGCACGGGGGAGCUGGUGGCCAUCAAGGCCCUGGACAAGCACCACCCAGAGUUUGAGCGGCACACGGCGUUGGAGGAGGUUCGCGUGCUGGCGGCGGUCCAGGACCACCACAACGUGGUCACCCUGUACGAGGUGUGGGAGGACGCGUCCUACAUCUUCCUGGUCCAGGAGGCCUGCCUGGGGGGCGAGCUCUUCGACCUGGUGGUCCAGAACAAGGCCUUCAGCGAGCAGGACGCGGCCAAGACCAUCGCCGCGGUCUUGAGCAUGGUCAGCCACUGCCAUGCGCGCGGCAUCCUGUGCAGAGACCUGAAGCCCGAGAACUGGCUGCUCAAGCGCUCGGAGAGCAGUGUGCAUCCUGAGAACCUGAGGGCCGUGGACUUUGGGCUGUCCACCUUCCACCACCCCACCGCGCCGUGCACGGAGCGCGUGGGCAGCUCCUACUACGUGGCCCCGGAGGUGCUGCAGGGCUCCUACUCCUGGCCCGCAGACCUGUGGUCCGUCGGCGUCAUGGCCUACGUCCUGCUCUCCGGCUUCCCCCCCUUCUGGGGCUCCUCCGACCCCGUCAUCUACCACCGCAUCCUGCACGACGACCUGGACUUUGGCUACGAGCCCUGGCAGGCGGUCAGUGCCACGGCCAAGGACUUUGUGGCCUCCCUGCUCCGCCGCGACCCGGCGCGGCGCGCGACGCUGGCCGACGCGCGAGCCCACCCCUGGAUCGCCGACGCCCCCGCCCUGCCCUCCGCCCCGCUCCUGCCGGAGGUGCUGGACCGCAUCAGCGCCUUCACGCGUCAGACCCGCCUGCACAAGCUGCUGCUGACGGUGGCGGCGCGGCACCUGGGCGGCGCCGCGCUGGGCGCGCUGCGUGACGUCUUCAAGACUUUGGACACCGACGGCGACGGCCUGAUCGGGCUGGGCGACCUGACGGCCGCGCUGCGCGCCGCGGGCGUGGACCUGGCCGCGGCGGAGGUUGCGGGCCUGGUGGACUCGCUGGACGGCGCGUUCGACGGCCGCAUCGCGGUGGACGAGUUCCUGGCCGCCGCGCUGGACCAGCGCAAGGUGCUGUCGGCCAAGGCGGUGAACGCGGUGUUUGCGGCGCUGGACCGCGACGGCGACGGCCUGGUGGGGGUGGAGGAGCUGGCAUUCGUAUUAGAAGAGUGCCGCGUGGAGGUGGACCCCGAGGCGCUGCGGCGCAUGAUGCGCGGCGAGGGCGCGCUGGACCGCUCCGGCAUGGUCUCCGCCGCCUCCUUCCAGAACCUGCUGCUGGGCGGGGAGGCGGGGGAGGCCGCCGCGCCGCUGGCCAUUGAGGCCUACCUCCGCGACGUGCGCCGCUUCGCCGCCGCCUCGGCCUUCAAGAAGCUGGCCAUGCUGGUCAUCGCGCGCCAGCUGGACGCGGCGGAGGUGGGCGCGCUGCGCGACCUCUUCGCCUCCCUGGACCCCUGCGGCUCGGGGGUGCUCACGCUGCGCCAGCUCCGCGCCGCGCUGGGUGGUCGCGUGGCCGACCCCGACCUCGCCGCCGCGCUGGAGGUGCUGGACCUGAAGCGACGCGGCACCCACGUCGACUUUGACGAGUUCCUGGCCGCGGCGCUGGAGGAGCAGCAGCUGGUGACGGAGACCAAGAUGCGCGCCGCCUUCGACUACUUUGACAAGGACGCGCGCGGCGUCAUCACCCCGGACCAGCUGGGAUCGGUGCUGCGUGACGUGGGCAUGCAGCACGGCGACGUGCAGGGCCUGCUGGCCAGCGCGGGCGGCGGGAAGGCGCGGCAGCCCUCCACGCUGACCUACCAGGACUUCCGACGUGUGGUCCUGGACCAGGCCCCCAACAUCCUCACCUGCUGCAGUCCGCGGUCGUCGCUGGACGAGGGGCGGCCCGAGGGCCAGGCCAGCUCCGGGUCGGGGCCGGAGGGCACCCCCGGGUCCCCCAUCCGGGAGCUGGCGGGCAUGAUCGAUGAGGCCUGGGAGCCGCGGCUGGACACGCCCCUGGACCUGCCGUGCAGCCCCCUGCACGGCCGCCGCGGCGAGGCCGCGCUGGGCUCCGUGGCCGGCAGCGCCAGCUUCUCGGAGUGGGUGGCCACCGGCAGCGCCGCCUUCCGCCACCGCGACACCGCCCCCGCCCCAGCGCCGGGUGCGGCCAGGAAGGACACGCUGCUGUCCGGCAUGCCGCACGGCGCUCAGGCCUCGCCCCCGCCCAGGGGCCGCGCCGCGGAGGCGCGGUCGCCGGAGGCGCGGGGCGCCAAGCCCACCGUGCUCCAGUCCAUGCUGCAGAAGCUGGUGAGGGGAUCAUCGCGCACGCCGCGGCGCGGUGGCGUGGACCGCACCUCCACCAUCAGCUCUGCCAGCGACGGCAGCACGGCCGCCUACUUGGCGGGCGACUGA